CCAAAACGUCACCAAACCCUCCCCCACUCAGACCGUCUCCGUCUGACCUCCAUCCAUCCACAUACGUAGUCGUAGAUUGCCGUUGAAUCUCUACCGUAUGCUGGCUGCUUCUCAAUCCUGCGACCAGAUUGUGUGUAUAUCGACACCGACGAUUAAAGGACAGUAGGACACAAGUACGUAAUUAAAGCCGCAAUCCGACGGGUCGGAGAGCGAACGAAGGAAAGGAUAGGGGUGGGAGGGUGAGAGAGGCUUUCCGAUUUUUCCCCCUUUUGUGAACGAUCUCUCUUCUUAUUUUAUCUGCGAAUCUGCUAAGGAUUCGCUCGAUUUUCAGGGAUUUUGGGGUUUCUGCUCUCGGUAAUUUCCUUAAUUGUUAAUGCGGAGGAAACGAUUACUGGAUUUUCGUGUUUGUGAGGGGAAUUUAGCAGAGAUUUUUUGAUUGUUUUCGCCCACAAUUUAGGGUUUUGAUCGAAGAUAUGGGCUCAGAAGAUGCCGAUCUUUUGGAUGACGGGGGCGGUGGAGGGCUCUCGUUGGGUGCGUCGUCGGUUUCAUGCUCGAUUUGCCUCGAGGCCGUAACGGACAACGGGGAUAGAUCGAGGGCGAAGCUGCAAUGCGGGCAUGAAUUUCAUCUCGAUUGCAUUGGUUCUGCAUUCAAUGCAAAGGGAAUGAUGCAGUGCCCUAAUUGCAGAAAAAUUGAGAAAGGUCAAUGGCUUUAUGCAAAUGGGUGCCGUUCAUUUGCUGAGUUUAGCAUGGAUGACUGGACCCAUGAUGAGGAUCUAUAUGAUUUAAGUUAUUCUGAAAUGCCAUUUGGAGUUCAUUGGUGCCCUUUUAGUGGAUUGGCUCGAGUUCCUUCAUCUUUUGAGGAGGGGGAAUCUCCAUCCACUGCAUAUCAUGACCUAUUGGGACACCAUGCUAUCUUUGCUGAUCACACCGCUGCAUCAUCUGCUGCUGCCCAUUCAUGCCCAUAUGUUGCCUACUUCCAACCGCUUCAACCCUCUACCUCAAGCUCUAAUGAGAGCAUAGGUGAUGGUCCUAAUUUCAAUCAUCACUGGAAUAGCCUCUCUGGGCCCAGUGAUAUGUCUGUUUCUCAUGGUCUUCCAACUGUGGAUAUUCAGUACCACAGCUGGGAUCACCAUUCCCCUCCCUUCUCUCCAACUAGCAGUCGCAUGGCUGGUGCUGAUCAAGCUUCAGUUCAUUCUUCAACUCUGAGAUCUACAAGGGGUGACACUGAAGGCCUGCCAAGGUCAGGAUCUUUUGUGCACCCAUUCCUUCUUGGUCAUGGGUCAGGUCCCAGAGCUGGGAGCUCGGUUGUUUCUUUGAUUCCUCCUUAUUCUGGCAGCAGUGCUAGGGCUCAUGAUAGGGUACAGGGUCUCCAUGCAUACCAUCAACAGCAGCAGUCUAGCAGCACACCAGGCAUGCGUGGACCCAUCUUUUCAGGUGUUAGGAGAUCCAGUGGCCCAAGGGGCUUGGCUCCUGUGGGACCCCUGGCCUCAUCCUCUGAUCAUACAGGUGCCUUCUAUGUCUUUCCACCUUCGGGGUCAUCUAGCCGGAACCUCCAAGAAGCAGAGAAUCCAGUAAGGAGUCGUUUUUAUGCAUGGGAAAGGGAUCGAUUUGCUCCAUUCCCAUUGAUCCCUGUAGACAGAGAGUCGAGUUGGUGGGGGCCAUUCCAUCAGGCUGCUGGUGGGUCAGAUUCUGGCAGCAGGACUAGUAGCUUUUGGCAGAGGCAUGGAUCUGAGAGGUCUUCACAAGGUCGGGCAGAGAAUUCUUCCUAUCAGCCAGUUCAUCCCACUGGUCGGAUGUUCCCUUUCAUAUAAAGUGCAUCCUCCAAUGACUGAACCAAAAUAUAUAUGAGAAAAUGAUAUAAUGCUCCUGGAGUGAGUCUGUAAAUCCACCAGACUUUAAUCUUGUAGUGUGGCCCCGAAAACAGAAAACUAAACUAUCCUUUGGCUGUCACACUGCUGUGUCGUGACAUUUUGGCUUCCUCGGAUCUUUUUUUUUUUGCCCGGAGGAUAUGAAAUAAACUAUGUUGUGGAGUGGCAAAAAUAGAGGUCCUGUGUUUGCUGUCCUGAGACCCCAAAAUUAUAAGAUGCAUCGUAUGACAAGAACAAUCAAUGCUAAUGCCCCUGUCCUGUUCCGAACUUGGUCAGAGAAGGCACCUGGAGGCUGGUAAGUACUGAAAACAGUGCCUAGGUGGGUGGUAUUGGUAUAGAGCCUCAUAGUUAUGGGUCGCUAAUAUUUGUUUUGCAUGUUAUUUACAUUUUCGAGGGUGGAUUUUAAAUUCUCGGCUGCGUUUGUUUGCUGUGUAAAUGCCAAUCGACGUAAAACUCUACUACCGUUCUUACUUGUCUGCAUUUGUUUUCAGUGUAAA